UUGACACUUUGAUUGGCGUAUCAGUUCCUGUAGCGGUUCAGAAAUAAGUGAUGAAUAAUAUAGGAAAGUAAUAUCAACCAAAGAUAUCGUUUUAUAAAAGCAACCUUAUAACUUGCAAUAUUAUUAUGAUUCGUUUUUAAAACGUUUGUGGAUGCAAGUACUUCAACUGUCCAUUUCAGCUUUACCAUAUCGUGUAUAAACGUGCAAUGUGCGUCGUAUUUGUAAGUCAAGUGUUAGCAAUCAACUUUAAAAUUAAACACAAUGACGAUAUUUCACGAUGAAAUAGAAAUUGAAGAUUUUGAAUACGAUGAAGAUGACGAAAUGUAUUAUUACCCAUGUCCUUGCGGCGAUAGGUUUCAAAUAAGUAAGGAGGAAUUGAUGGCUGGUGAAGAAGUUGCAACUUGUCCAAGUUGUUCCCUUGUAGUGAAGGUUAUAUAUGACCUAGAAAAGUUUAAAGCUGAGGCAGAGGAGUUGUGCAAUGAAGAAGGUGAUAAGGAAACUGUGAAGGCCUAAGGAAUCUAGAAAUGAUAUUUCUGGCAAAUAUUGGCGAUUCCAGUUAGCAGGUGCUAACACUUGGAGUCCUGUGAUGUAAUGUGAUGAUACUGUAGAAUAUAAAUAUAAUUGUGAGCUAUCAAGAUAUUAAAACUUGUUUGUUAUUCUAAGCAUGCCUCUGAGCUCACUUAGUGUUUGUAAUGUAACCAUCAUGUGUGCGAUCAUAGAAGAUAUCUCAUUGUACUAAAUUUAAUAAAGGGAAAUAAUUAUUCUAAACACCAGAGUAAAUACUAUAAAUGAAAGUCAAUCAA